AUGAGAGACUCCACACGCCUCAUCAUUAUCACCGCUCUGUGUCCUGCCCUGGGCGUCUACCUGCUUGCUGGCUGCGAGGGCGAGCUCUUUCUCUGCAUCUUUCUCUGCCUUCUCGGAGCUGUGCCCGGUCUCUGCUAUGCGCUCUGGAUCGCCUACGUCUACUACGACCGACGCGAGGACGCGCGGCGCGGCAUAUACUCAUCGGAGCGCAAGCCGGGUAUAUUCAGCGAGAGAGUGCUGAGGGGCGGCCUCACGCGUCCGGUGGACAUCAAGUAG